AUGGCCCCGCGCGCGGGACAGCGGGGGCUCUGGAACCCGCUGCCAGGGCUGCUGCUCGUGGCGGCGGCGCUGAGCCGGCCCGCCGCGCCCUGUCCCUUCCAGUGCUACUGCUUCGGCAGCCCUCAGCUGCUGUUGCGCUGCGCGUCGGGCGCGGAGCUCCGGCAGCCGCCGCGGGACGUGCCGCCCGACGCGCGCAACCUCACCAUCGUGGGCGCCAACCUGACCGUGCUGCGCGCGGCCGCCUUCGCGGGAGGGGACGAGGAGGAGACGGACGGCGUGCGCCUGCCGUUCCUCACCGCGCUGCGCCUCACGCACAACAACAUCGAGGUGGUGGAGGACGGCGCCUUCGACGGGCUGCCCAGUCUGGCGGCGCUCGACCUGAGCCACAACCCGCUUCGCGCCCUGGGCGCCCGUGCCUUCCGCGGGCUGCCUGCGCUGCGCUCGCUGCAGCUCAAUCACGCUCUGGCCCGGGGCGGCCCCGGGAUGCUGGAUGCACUGGACGCCGCGCUUGCCCCACUGGCCGAGCUGCGCCUGCUGGGCUUGGCGGGCAACGCGCUGAGUCGCCUGCCGCCUGCCGCGCUGCGCCUGCCUCGCCUGGAGCAAUUGGACGCGCGUGUCAAUGCGCUGGCCGGCCUGGGCCCCGACGAGCUGCGCGCGCUCGAGCGCGAUGGCGACCUGCCCCGGCCGCGCCUGCUGCUGGCGGACAACCCGCUGAGCUGCGGGUGCACCUCGCGCCCCCUGCUGGCCUGGCUACACAAUGCCACCGAGCGCGUGCCCGACGCGCGCCGCCUGCGCUGCGCCUCCCCGCGCGCGCUGCUGGAUAGGCCUCUGAUGGACCUGGAUGAGGCGCGACUGGGCUGCACCGACGGCGAUGCUAACGAGCGCGGGGAAGAGGUGGAUGUCGCCGGCCCGGAGCUAGAAGCCUCUUACGUCUUCUUCGGGCUAGUGCUGGCGCUCAUCGGCCUCAUCUUCCUCAUGGUGCUCUACCUAAACCGCCGUGGCAUCCAGCGCUGGAUGCGCAACUUGCGCGAGGCCUGCAGGGACCAGAUGGAGGGCUACCACUAUCGCUAUGAGCAGGAUGCAGACCCGCGCCGCGCGCCCGCUCCGGCUGCUCCCGCUGGCUCCCGGGCCACUUCCCCGGGCUCGGGUCUUUGAGCCUCACCUCCCUAACGGGAGGCUGCCCCUGUCAGCUGAUGACUUUAUGAGGCCACCCAGCCUUCCCCUGCCUGGCCUGAGCCCUGGAGAUGACACACCAAUGAGUUCGGAACUCCGAGACCUUUGGAUCAAUCCUAGCAUCUCUCCCAUCCCGAAGCUCCAAAGUGUACUCUUUUCCCCUAGCCUGAGAGUUUCCAGGUCAAAAACCCAGAGAUGCCCCCAUCUGUUUCCAGAAACAAAUCCUUCCUGUCCAUCCUUCCUGGACCAUUGAAAUCCCUUCUCCCUAUCUCGGCUCACCCAAAGACCCUGCUCUUCCAUUUUGAAAUCUCUAGCACUUUCUCCACCACUCCACAUGCUUUGAGCCAGACACCUUGGCUAGACUGCACUGAUCCCUGGCCCCGUUUAGGAGCCCUCCUCGUCCCUUUCUCAUAGCUCAGGGGGUCUACAUCCCUUCUGGUCUUAUCGGAAGGUUUUUGUGGAGUUUGAGCCUUUUGUCCCACCCCAAAAUUCUGAGCCUUCCAUCUUGUAAUCCACAUCCGGAGGCUCUGUGGUUUAAGUGGCCUCUCCUAGUCUGAUGUGCUUCCUAUCCUGGUUUUAGUUCAGGCUCCUCCAUUCCUUGGCCCUGGCCGGGUCUCAGCUCCCAGCCCCAUCUCUCUCAACCCAGGGACAAGCCUUGGUGUAGAAUCCAUCCAUAGCCUUUCCACGGGGCUCUGAUGUCCCAGUGCUCAGUGUCUGUCCUCAGUCUCAAACUCAGCUCCUCACCUCAGUCACUUUCAGACCCUGCCCCAAGUCCUAGGCUCUCAGUUCCCCGGACACCCAUCACUGGCACUUUUACCUGCCCCUGCCAUUCACGGGUCAGGGUCCAGAGAGGAAUCUCCCCAUGGUGGAGAGCUACCCACUGCCCUCUGAGGAGGAGUUCUCCCAUCCUGUAGGCAUGUAGGCAGACCCUGGUGAGAAAGAGAGCAUGUGAGGUGUGCAGGGCCUCCAAACCGUGGCCACUGGUCCACCUGGGAGAGGCUGGGAACUGCUGCUCAUCUCGUUCAUCUGUGCUCUCUCCCACCCAUGUGGUCUUCCC